CCCGUCGCCGCGCUACGUCCAGCCGCGUGCCCCUCGCACUCCCUCAUGCCACCACCUACUCCUCGCUCGCACUCACGCCACGCCUGCCUGUCCGCUCGCCCCUCAUUCCCUCGUGGCGCUUGCCCAACGGUCGCACGACAGACCCGAAUCAAGUCGGCACGCCGCACCGCGGCUGCACGCUCAGUCACCGCCGCACUGCUGCUCUGCCGUCCCCAGCAGCGGCCCGAUCCUCUGCCGCUCGCCCGCUCUCGGGCCGCUCUGCUUGCUGGGCACCGCUUGGCGCGGCUGCGCAGUGCCUCGCCUUAAGGAGCGACGGGGCGUGCCGCAGCCGCGACGAACACCCUCGCCUCGACCUCUCUCUCUCCUCGCCGCACCCAUGAGUGCCGACCUGCGCAGUCCCCGUCCACGGCCCGCGUCCGCCAGUGGGCGCGGGCGCUUCUACGCCUCGACCGCGCAGACCGCUGCCUUGGCGCCAGCCAGCGAUGCCGCAGCAGCUGCACCUGCCGACACGGCAGCACGGCAGGUCGCCUCGCCAAAGUACGCGUGGCACCGCCAUGGGUCCACGAGCGGCCUGGGCACCGGCGGCAUCGUCGGCCUCGUCGUUGGUCUCGUCGUGGUGGUGCUGGUGGGCGUCAUCGUGACGCACUGUCUGCGCACACACUGGCGCGCACAGCGACGAAAGCGCAGUGCAGCGCAUGGGUAUGCCGCCGAGCGCAAGGAUCUGCUGCCGCUGCGAGUGCGCGCCUCGGUGCGCAGCAGCUUCGCCUCGCCGAUGGCACGCUCGCAGCGUCUCAGCUGCGACACGCUGCACAGCAGCCCGGCAUUCAGCACGCGCGACCGCUUCUCGCAGCAGCACGAGAUCAAGACGGCCUCAACGGUGCCCUCGGCCUGGCUCUACUCUGCGGCUGCACCCAUCGGCAACAUGUCUGUGCGCUCUCUCGCUCUCUCGUCGCCGCGUGGAACGACAUGCCACAUCAUCGACCAUCAGCGACAGAAGGAGAGCACUAGCACCACGGCCUCGUCGAGCCGCACGCACAGCUCCUUUGCGACGGGCGACAGCAGUCUUUCGGCCCUCUCGCCGCCUCGGCCUACCCAUGUCCGCCGUGGCACACUGCCCUACAACAGCAUCAUCGAUUCGGCCGACGGUCUGCCGAGCCCCACACGGACGCUCGUCGACUACAGCGACACCAAGAUCGCCUCACCACGCCACGCCAUGCCUCUCGCCGUCGCCUCGCCCACGUCGCGCCUGCGCGCCGCCGAGACGUACGCCUCGCCGCAGCGCUCGCCUCUCUCUCUCUGCCACGAUGCCCUGGCCGUAGCGGAGGCUUACUCCGCCGAGCUUGAGCCGCCAAGCAUGCCUACCUCCUACCUGAUGACGCGCCAGGGCUCGGCUGCUGAGAGCGCCCUCAGCCUGCCGCGCACCGUCAGUCGCGCUGGAAGCAUCUACGAUGUCUCUGAGCACGAUGCAGACGUGCCGCUCGACGAAGGAGCUCCGUGUCGCGCCAUCGGCUCGCUGCUGCUCGAUCUCGGAACGGAGAGCAACCACGCGGCGUUCGGACCAACGCCUCCGCCUACCCCACCGCGGCUGCUGCUACGCAAGAAUGCGCAGGCGUCGCGCAAGGCUGAGCUGCCCGCCACGCCGCCAAGCUCCUCGGGCACGCCGUCGCCUCCAGCGCCAGUGCGCCCAGCGCUGAGCAGGCUGCAGACACCACGCAUCGUCAUGACGAGCGCCGACGCACUGCACCCCUCGGCCUCGCCACUCUCGGCGGCCGCGCGGGAACAGCAAGAGUUCAAGGAUGCCUUCAUGCUCGACCUGGGCGCCGGCGCCCAGCCGCUGCCGCUCAGCCUGAUGCCGAGCCCCAUGGUCGAGCGCGCCAAUCCCUUCUCGUACCCUACCGAGGCGUCGCCGCCACGGCGUGACGACGAGGCUCUCGCUGCUGCCAACCGCUUCAAGGUCCGCGGCGGCUGGCUGUAGAAGCCGCCUCCUCUCCCGCCUGAUUUUCCCAUACCUCAUCGCUAGACCUUGUCCGCAAGCGCAUCUCUCCAUAUUCCCCGUCCCAGCUCUCCCACACACGCUGUAUUCUACCAUUCGCACGCAUACUCAUUUCUCAUCUCGCG